UUCUAGUUUUUGGUCAUUGAGAAGAAAGAGAAUGUUUUUUUUAUCAUUGAGGGAAAACAUGAUUCUAGUUUUAAACUAGAAGAUAAGCUAAGAGCUUGUUUUGGUUCUUUAACUAAAAAAUAAUUUUUUGUUCUAAAAGAGAAAAUUAUUUUUAGAAAACAAGUAAUGUGUUUGUACUUGUUUUUUUAGAACAAUUUUUUAAAAAGCUGAGUAAAAAAAAAAAAAAAAUUCAGAAAACACUUGAUCUAUGUUCUCAAAAGUUCUCAAAGUUCUCUGUGUUCUCUCUCUCUCUCGAUGGAAAUGAAUGAAGACACACUAAUGGAGCUAUGACAUUUCUUCUCCGUGAGGCUCCGACUUCUCCUUCUCCUCCACCUCCAUGAAGCUCCAUACUCUCCUCUAUUCUGCAUACUCAAACCAAUUCUCUCAGAUUAUGUGGCAUUCCUUCUUUAUCUGCUGCCCUAGAUUUUACUUCAUUAGUUGUUCAAUAACUAUCCUGUCGAAGCUUCUCUUGAAAAUCAGAUUUCCAUCAUGGCACAAAAUCCAGAGAAAGAUGCAAGCAAUGAUAUUCCGCCACCUGAGGUUCCGAAUCUACAAAUGCAAGCACUAAUUGGGGAGAUGCGAAGGAUGAUGAGGGCGGAGUGUGAGCAGAUACAUGAGAGGUUGGAUAGGGUAGAAGAAGGAACACAACGGAGGCCACGGAGGAAUAUGGUGUACCAAAGGGAGGAUGAGAAUGAAGGGGAUUUGGAAGGGUUAGUUUCUGAUGAAGAGUUUGAUAGGAUGUCGGCGGGUAACCAUAGGAGGUAUGGUCGGGAUAGAGAAGCUAGGAACCAGGUAGAUGAUUAUUUAGGAAAUAUCAAGAUGAGAAUUCCAGCAUUUCAGGGGAAGAGCGAUCCUGAGGCAUACCUUGAGUGGGAAAAGAAGAUGGAGUUGGUUUUCGAUUGUCACAACUACUCUGACAUGAAGAAGGUAAAACUAGCUGUCAUUGAAUUUACUGAUUAUGCUAUUGUUUGGUGGGAUCAGUUGUGCAUCAAUAGGAGGCGAAAUGGAGAUCGUGCCAUUGACACUUGGGAGGCUAUGAAGAGGGUGAUGAGGCGACGGUUUGUACCAUCUCAUUAUUAUCGAGAUCUAUACCUUAAGUUGCAGGGUCUUCGUCAAGGUUCCAAGAGUGUUGAUGAGUAUUACAAGGAGAUGGAGAUGGCUAUGAUUAGAGCAAAUGUGGAAGAGGAUUGGGAGGCAACAAUGGCAAGGUUUUUGAAUGGGUUGAACCGAGAGAUUGCUAAUCCAAUUGAGCUACACCAUUAUGUGGAAUUGGAAGAUUUGGUGCAUAUGGCUAUCAAAGUUGAGAGGCAGCUCAAGAGGGGUAGUACAAGUUCAAAGCCAAGACCGAGCCCACACCAUUCAAGUGCAACACCUUGGCGGUCGAACUAUCCAAAGAAGGAAGAAGACCAACCUACUUCAUCCUUUACACCAAAACCAGCCACGACCCCUCAAGGUAAAACAUCCCCUACUUCGUCCCAUUCUAGUGAGAUAAAAUGUUUCAAAUGUCAGGGGCGAGGACACAUAGCUAGCCAAUGUCCAAACAAGCGAGUUAUGGUAAUUCGGGAUAAUGGGGAGAUAGAUUCCGAAGAGGAAGAUGAUCUUGAUGACAUGCCACCAUUGGAGGACGCUUCUAUGGGUGAUGAGGAGUUUGGGGCAGAAUCUGGUGAUAUGCUUGCACUAGUCACACGACGAGCCUUAAAUUUGCAAGCAAAAGAAGAGGAAGAAGAGGUGCAGCGGGAGAACAUCUUUCACACUCGUUGUCAUGUGAAAGAUAAGGUAUGCAGUGUUAUUAUUGAUGGUGGUAGUUGCACUAACGUUGCUAGUUCUUCCAUGGUUGAAAAGCUAGGGCUCCCAACGCUUAAACAUCCUUGUCCAUACAAGUUGCAGUGGUUGAAUGAUAGUGGUGAAGUGAGGGUUACAAAACAGGUGCUGGUAUCAUUUCGAAUUGGCAAGUAUGAGGAUGAGGUAUUGUGCGAUGUGGUUCCCAUGCAAGCUGGACACCUCCUUCUAGGAAGGCCUUGGCUAUUUGAUCGGCGAGUCCAGCAUGAUGGCUUCACCAACAAGUACUCAUUCACGUUCUGUCAACGAACAAUCACUCUAGCUCCAUUGACGCCAAAGCAAGUAUAUGAAGACCAAGUGCGGUUGCAAAAAUUGAGUGAUAAAAAAAAAUUGAGUGAGCAAAAGAAGGAGAGUGAAAAGAUGAAUGAGAAUGAGAAAAAAAAGAGACAAAGAGAGAAAAGGGUCGAAUCAAGUGAGAGAGAAAAGAAAGAGAAGAGUUUGAUCAAUGAGGGAAAAUUAGAGAGAAAACAAAAUAAUUUUUAUGCAAAAAAAAGUGAGGUUAAGGAGGCUCUUUUAAACACUAACCAACUUGAUGCUAACAAGCGGGUUUUUGAUCCCGGUGAUUGGGUAUGGUUACACAUGAGGAAAGAGCGAUUCCCAGCACAAAGACGUUCCAAAUUGCUACCUCGAGGAGAUGGGCCGUUUCAAGUGCUAGAAAGGAUCAAUGACAAUGCCUACAGACUCGAUUUACCAGGUGAGUAUACUGUUAGUGCUACUUUUAAUGUUUCUGAUUUGAGUCCUUUUGAUGCAGGUGACGAUUUGAGGUCAAAUCUUUCUCAAGAGGGGGGGAAACCAACUGAUACGAACCACACCAACACUGUGAUGAAACCCGACACCAAAUAUGGCAGCCACCAAGAACAUACGGAAUUUGGAAUGGUAAACCGCGACCCUAUGCUUAGCAAAGCACGAACCUUGGUAUGAGGAAGACGCCACAAACGGGGAUGGGAAUCUGUUUGAUAAGUCGGAUUGAACGCCACAAGGGAUACCCUUGAUAAGUUCGGAUAGUCUCUUCAAGAACUCAAGAAGAAAACUCACAAAUUUUCAUUCAACAUAAUCUGGUUUUCCAAAUGUUUUCAAGGCAUUAUAUAGCCGAAAAUUACAUCAAGACAAGCCCCUUUGUCUUCCUAAAAACCGAAAAUUAAAGACAACUUUUUGUCUUCCUAAUGAAAACUGAAAUUAAAGACAAGCCUUUUGUCUUCCUCAUGAAAACCGAAAUUAAAGACAAGCUUUUUGUCUUCCUAAUGAAAACCGAAAAUUAAAGACAAAAGGACUAUUGGACUCACACAAGUCAAAUGUUUGACUUAUCACAAAAUAAACAAAGACUAAAUAAAAAACGUGAUUAAAAAUAAAAAGACUCAUUACAGGAAGCUAAAUAUUGAUCAAGCUCCUAAACUGGUGUCCUCAUCAUUCCUCCCCUCUUGACUUGGAUCAACUGGAACUUGACAUGGAUUUUUAGUCUUGGUGUCCUCAUCAAUUAUUGUUUCUUUCACAACAUUAAGAAUUUUCACCCAUGAUAUAAUAUCACUAUCAAUACAGCUUCAAUUAACUUCAAGUUGGUCAUUAUUUAAACUCAUUAGUGUAAUAUGUAAGUUUUAUUAAAUUUUUCUAUCGUCUUAAUUCUAAAUGUUGAAUGUUAAUUUGUUAAUGUUUGUCACGAUAUUGAGUGAUACUAUUGCAAGAGCAUGACUGUGUAGGAAUUUACUUGAAUUAUAUCUGUAAUUAUGAUGUCCUGGGAUGCUUUGA